CUGCUAGUGCACGUCCCAGCACUGCGGGGCUGCCUUGGGCACGCAGCUCCGCCCCAGCCAGAGCCGGCACCGGGCGCUGGGCUUGACGUCGCUUCCGCCAGUUCGGGGCCAGCUUGUACAAGCGCGGGGCGGCAAGAAGCGGGAUCAAGAAGCGGCAUCCUGCAGCGGGCUACCUCGCCGGCCCAGCGUCCCGGCCCCGGGCUGAGGCGGAGGCGGGAUCGCUCGCGGCGCGGUCGCGGCGGGGCCGAUGCUGCUGCCGGCAGGAGCUCUGCCUCGGGUGGUGGUCGUGCUCUCGUUCUCCGCCCUGCUGGGCGCCCGGGGCGCUGCCCAGCGCUGCCCCGGCCAUAGUAAUUUAUCUGCAAGCUGUUGGUCCCGUCUUCAUCCUGUAAACAUGUUCAACAGUUAUAAUGUGAAGUUCCACCACAGAAAAGCUCUCAGCUCCCCAUAUCCAGGAUCACACAUUGAGCGUAGCCAAGUUCCUGAAGAUAAAGUGGGCUGGCUGACUGAGUGGGAAGAUUAUAAUCCUGUGGAGUACACUGCAAAGUCUGUUUUGGCAGGACCCAGUUGGGCAGAUCCCCAAAUCAAUGAAGGUUUUUCUCCCAAAUUCAAUGAGAGAGAUGGAGAAGUGGAGAGGAAGAGUCUGAAUGGCUUGUAUGUGGUCGAAAAUGGGAGACCCCGCAAUCCAGUGGGAAGGACUGGUCUCACCGGCAGAGGAUUGUUAGGGCGCUGGGGACCAAACCAUGCUGCUGAUCCUAUUGUAACCAGGUGGAAAAGGGAUGGAAGUGGCAAUAAAGUUGCUCAUCCAGUUUCUGGCAAGAACAUCUUGCAGUUUGUAGCCAUCAAGAGGAGAGACUGUGGGGAAUGGGCCAUUCCAGGGGGGAUGGUGGACCCUGGGGAGAAGAUCGCUGCUACUCUGAAGAGAGAAUUUGAGGAGGAGACCUUGAACUCUCUGCAGAAAUCCCCUGAGGAGAAAGCAAAAUUGGAGAAGCAGCUCCAGAAGCUGUUCAGCCAAGAACACUUUGUGGUGUACAGAGGAUAUGUGGAUGACCCUCGUAACACUGAUAAUGCAUGGAUGGAGACAGAGGCUGUGAAUUAUCAUGAUGAAACAGGUGAGACAAUGGAUAACUUGCCUCUGGAAGCAGGUGAUGAUGCUGGAGCGGUAAAGUGGGUUGACAUCAGUGAGAAGCUUGAGCUGUAUGCGAGUCACAGCUGCUUCAUCAAGCUGGUGACUGAGAAACGGGGAGCCCACUGGAGUGAGGAUCCUGGCUCUGAUUGCCACAAGUGAUGGAAACUGGGAACUGACAGACUCUGAGAGGAGAAUAUGUUUUCCAGCCUUGAAACAGAUGUCCUUGUCAUUCUCUGCGAAAAUUCUGUGAAAUUCAGCUGGGAGAAACACUGGACAUUGAUAAACAGAGGCUUUUUCAGAGACUUCAGGUUGCUUCUUUUGAUUUCUUAGCUAGUGUGAAAUGAGAAGAAUGUGGAGCUCUCGCUUUGCUUUCUUGGCUUCAUUAUUUGCAGCUGUUUCAUAAUUCUGCACAUCUGCAUGGCAGCACUGGCUUUGUGACUGGUGGUAGUUCACAGGCUCUUUAUUUUUGCACUAAUUCCUUUUCAGGAAUAUGAAUCCCUAAGGAAUGAGAGACUUGUAGGAUAACCUGAAUAAUGACUUAAAUUAAACGCUGCAUAAUAAAGUGAAAUUUCUUUUCUGAGUCAUUUCACUUAA